AUGGGUGUAGCAACCAAGACAGACAGCGCGUCUGUCAAACAGAAUGAAAUCGUUAUCCCCGACCUCACCAUCAAGGACCUGCUGAGUGCCAUCCCUGCGCAUUGUCACAAGCGGUCCGCGUUUAGGUCGUCGCUCUACAUUGUUUGGGACCUGGUAGUCAUUGGAUCCGUUUACAAGGCUGCAACAUAUCUCGACGCUUUCAUCACGCCCUCGCAACUGAGCCUCCCCCACCCGUACCUCUACCCCUUCGCUCGUUUCGCUGUCUGGGCCGUCUACAGCUUCUGGGUCGGCCUCUUCGCCACCGGUCUCUGGGUCAUCGCCCAUGAGUGUGGUCACCAAGCCUUCUCCGAGUCUAAGUUCGUCAACAACUUUGUUGGUUGGGUCCUUCACUCCGCCCUCGGUGUGCCUUAUCACUCUUGGAGAGUAACGCACGCGAAGCACCAUGCUUCGACCGCCCACAUGACUCAGGACCAGGUUUACGUUCCGAAGUCCCGGUCGCAGCUUGGCCUCCCGCCGUUUGACCCCACCAAGGAAGACAUACAUGGCGCCAACGUCAGCGAGGAAGUCAAGCAGGAGCUUUGGGAAGCCAUUGGCGACUCACCUAUUGGUGCUGCUUUGGGAUGCGCUACCUACUUGCUCGGUGGUUGGAUCAUGUACCUUACCAUUAACGCAUCUGGCCAGAAGAGAUACCCCAAGGGCACCAACCACUUCAAGCCCACCGCCGUCAUGUUCCAGCCUCACCACUACGGACAGAUCGUCCUUUCUGACGUUGGCAUAUUGCUCUGGCUUGGUGCUGUUGCUUACUCCAUCUACACGUAUGGAUUCUCGACUGUUUUCCGUCUUUACCUGGUCCCCUACGUCUGGGUGAACCACUGGCUCGUCCUCAUCACCUUCCUCCAGCAUACCGACCCCAUUCUCCCCCACUACCGCGCUCCCGAGUUCACCUUCCCCCGUGGUGCCCUUUCUACUCUCGAUCGCCAACUUCUUGGUGGCUGCGGCAAGAUCAUGGGAUGGAUUGGUGCCCACGCAACCCACGGUAUUUCGGAGACCCACGUUGCCCAUCACGUCUGCAGCAAGAUCCCUCACUACCAUGCUUGGGAGGCUUCCGCCGCUCUUCGCAAGGUUCUCGACCCGGCUGGCAUCAGGCUCGAGGGCGCUCCUGGUGGCUGGGGCGAGAUGUACCGCGUCUUCAGGGAAUGCAGGUUCGUUGAGGACGAAGGCAACAUCCUGUUUUACAAGAAUGCCUACGGUGUUGCUGCUUCGCGUCCCUCGCAUCGUAGCGACGGUGAUGCCAGCGACUCUGGUAUCGAGGUGGAUAAGCUCUGA